GGUGAGUCCGGGGGUUGGGUACCCCUCUGGUUGGAGGGAUCCGGGACUGAGAACUGGAGCCCAGGGAGUGUGGGCGGUUCCGCAGCGAGGCUCACAUUCUCUGACCUGCAGAUGACUGUCCACAACCUGUACCUGUUUGACCGGAAUGGAGUGUGUCUGCAUUACAGCGAGUGGCACCGCAAGAAGCAAGCGGGGAUCCCCAAGGAGGAGGAAUACAAGCUGAUGUACGGGAUGCUCUUCUCUAUCCGCUCGUUUGUCAGCAAGAUGUCCCCGCUAGACAUGAAGGACGGCUUCCUGGCCUUCCAAACUAGCCGUUACAAACUCCAUUACUACGAGACACCCACUGGGAUCAAGGUUGUCAUGAAUACUGACUUGGGCGUGGGACCCAUCCGAGAUGUGCUGCACCACAUCUACAGUGCGCUGUAUGUGGAACUAGUGGUGAAGAAUCCCCUGUGCCCGCUGGGCCAAACUGUGCAAAGUGAGCUCUUCCGCUCUCGACUGGACACCUACGUCCGCUCUCUGCCCUUCUUCUCUGCCCGGGCUGGCUGAAGGAAGCACUCUACCUCACUCCUCAGAAGAAUCCCUGUCUGUCUGGGGCCCUUCCUAACCUGUUUCACCUGAGGGCCCCCACUGCAAGCCCUGCUGCCCCACCCUCGUCCCAGCCGCCACUGCCAAGGGGCAGUCCUCCCAGGGGAACAGCCUAAAGCCCUCGCAUCAAAGGAAGGCAGGCUACAGGAGUCCCUUCACCUCCAAACCUGGUCCUCUCUCCAGUUUUAUCCCGUCUGACGCUGCGAGAAGUACAGAAUAAACUUUUUGUCACCCUCUG